AUCUGAGCUUCAGUCCGUACGGUCGUAGUGCGCUACAAAGAACUCGAGACUCGGGAAUCGAACAUAAUUAAGAAUACAAAAUAUACCUUGUGACAACUGUUGAAAUACUCAAUAUGAAAUUCUAUUUGUUGGUGAUUGUUGCUGUUGCCUUUUUGGCAUAUGUUAGUUCCGAGGGAUGCGUACAAUGCCACUCGAAGACUAAUGUGCAGUGUGCCGUCGAUCCAACAUCCAUUUUGGCCAAGGAUUGCAAAUCGAACGACGGACUGUGCUAUGCACGAGUGCAGGAUGGAUACACGAUUCGUGGAUGUGCCAGCGAGCUAGACAAUAGCACACUGAGAGCAUGCAACAAUGAGUUGGAGUGUCAGGUGUGUAAGUUCUCCGAGGGCUGCAACCGUGUGCUCUUCCCACAACAUCGCGCCCAUUGCCUGCAGUGCUCCGGCAACUCAACCAACUCCACCUGCGCCACCGAAUACAAUGCCGCCAUUAAAGUCUGUCCCAUUUACCGUCUGGGUGACAAGUGCUUCAUUCGCAACAGCCAGCGUCUGGCCGAUGGCUCAUUCCAACGCGGUUGCCUCAGCUCCGCUCAGGCCAACAAGCUGUGCAUCAAGGACGGCAACUGUUUCACCUGUGAUGGACGUGGCUGCAACGCCCUGAAGCCGGACAACGAGCUCAUUCCGUUAGCUCGCGAUGGCGCCGUCUCAGUCAUCCUCUCGCUAGCAUUGCUCAUGGGUUGUGCCAUUACCAGCUUGACUUUCUAAAGAGAACGAAGUCGGAAGCGGUUAAUUGCCAGCUUCAAGCGGCGACUGCUGAGCAUCGAACGACAUUUUUAAUUUGUAUUUUUAUUUACAAUUUGCAUAUGAUCCUUUUUUUUUUUU